AUCAUUUUUUUUAUUCAGAAAUUAUUUUUUUGCAAGAAGUUUACUGACUUUUCGCUGUUUUAAAUUACGCAACAUGUCCGAGAAAGAAGAGGAAUCAAUUGAAUACCUAGUGGAAAAGGGUAUUUUCCCCCGACUUCUGGAGAUCUUGAAGCAAUUGGUGGAAAUAGACCCACUGCCAGCCGAUCCUCUGAUGUACAUUUUACAUUUACUGGGCUGUCCGCUGAUUCCACAGGCCCAAAUGAAGGCCCUGGAGCGAAAAGUGUCGCGUGCCCACGAUGAACUGCGCUAUUUGCGACGUUUGAUCAUCGAUUUGGAUGGCGACGAUCAGCUUUACGACAGCGAAAGCGAUGUGGGUGAAUAUGUGGGCGAUGUGGAGGACACCAGCUCAUCGGCCAACGAGAUUUCCCUGGUGGAAAGCAUUGAAUCGCAGGAAGACUCCUCACCACCCGAUUUCACAGUCCUCUCUUCCAAGGAUUCGGAUUCCUCCCACUAAAAAAUCGAUUACUCUAUAACGUAUCCCAUCACAUUCGCCGUUGAGACCAUAUUAUGUUAUGAGAACAUAGCUUUGGCAACUGCAUGUGAGUUCUGGUUUGUUUGCCCUUAUAUUACAUUUUGUUAAAUCAAUGCAUUGUGAGACCUAUUACGACUAUUAUCAACUAUACUUGUUACAUUGCGACUUGUAGAGGAAUCCUCCCUACCAUCAAUUCAUUAAACAUUGUUAUCCAGCAUGAACCAUAAAA